UGAAAGCCGACAUCGCGCAGAAAUUAGUUUAAAAUAAAAAUAAAAAUGAAAAAUUAUAGAAAAAAUAUGAAAAAGACGAAACAUUAAAAGUUUAAAAAAUAAACACCAAAACCAAAGCAAAUUGUAUGAGCUAACAAAAGGAAAUAAUAAAUGGCUAAAAAUAAGUAUACACUCACAAGAAGAAUUAAAAUAAUUCGUAAAUAGAAUUUCAAAUGAAUUUACGAAAAUCGAAAGAAAAAUUCAUAUACAAAAAAUACACAAAAUGAAUGCUAAUAAAAAAGAGUAAUUGUUUAAAAUAACUACUCUUUUUUUUUGUAACUAUAGUGUAUACACAUACAAUUAUAUGCACAUAAAAAAUCUCAACAUAUAAAUAGAGCACACAUUUCCAACGAAAAGACAUUCCAAACACAACCAGCGCUCCGCUUACAGCAAAUUCAAACGCACAAUAAAGAAACCAACAAAAUGUUCAAGCUCUUCGUUGUCCUUUUCGCCGCUCUCUUCGCCUUCGCUGCUGCCGGCCCAUCACCAGUCGCACGUCCAGCACCAUUGCCGGUCGCUAGUCCACACCCAGCACCUGCGCCAGCACCGGCACCACAAUUCUACUAUGGCGGCUAUGCGUCACCCUACUCCUACGCCUACUCCGGCUACCCCUACUACGGUUAAGCGUGGCGAGUGACUCUUUAGUGCCAUUUUGUGUGGGUGUGUGUGUGAGCGUUUGCUGUAUAUGUACUCGUAUAUGUAUGUUGCACACGAAUAUUUGUUUGUGUAUAAGUAAGUGUAAGUGAGCUGUGGGAUUAGCGAAAUUCAUACGGAAAUUAUAGAAAGGAUUAUACUCUGUAGCAGUGAUGCGCUCAGGCGGUGACUCGGUUACGUUUUCCCACUACAGUUGCAUAUCUACAUACAUAUAACUACAUACAUACACACAUAUGUAUAAGUAUGUGCACACAUUAUUCGUAGCUAUUACAAAUUCACUUAUAACGAAGCUAACUACACCUACACACUUUGGCGUAAGGACUAAUUGCUCUAUUGUUAAUGGACCAAGGAUAAUGGAUUUCGGUUAAUGCACUUUGGCAAAAUUUUAAUUAGUUUUAGUCUUUGAUUUAAGUUAUGCUGUAGCUUACAACACAUUUGUCCAUAUGUGAAAUUGUUAAAAAAAAAAAAGAAAAAAUUUGAAUAAAAA